UAUUUUCCUUAAUACUGAUAAUAAUAAUUCCUGAAUACUCACAUGUGCAAACAUUUUUAUGUAAAUUGCAUAUUUCAUAAAUCUGGGUCAAAGAUUGCAUAAUUCACCUACCUUGGUUAGAGUUACCUAAACACACGGGUACGGUAUCAAAUAGGAAACCGCUCAUAGAUUCAAAAUGGCAAUGUAUAAGUGAAGGAAUAUUUAAAGCACCUGUUUGUUUAAUGUAAAUUAGAUCAAGUUUUAUGCCCCAAAAAAUCAAAACACAACCAACAGUUGAUAUAUAUAUGUACAGUAGAUUAAAAUAUUUCAUCAAGUUACCAUUUCCUUCUAGACCGAAAUUUUGGAGUUGUAUUCAAAGCAUCACCGAAAUGUCAUGUUGCAGGUUUGGAAUUUACCGGGUGGCAGUAAAUGUAAAAUUUAUAACAUGACAACUCAUGUUGUAAAUUUUGUAUUUACUGCAACCCGGUAAAUUCAAAAUUUACAGCCACCCGGUAAAUUCAAAAUUUACAACAUGAUAAAAAUAACAAGCAGUGUCUUACAUCGACAAAUAUUUACUCAGCAAAUCUUAGUGUGAGGUUUAAUUGACAUUAUAAAGGACCCUGACCUUUCAGGGUCACGCUUUUUACCCCAGUUUUGGAGGACCCCAGUAAUGAGCUUUGAAUAGAAGAAAAAGCCAAACUCCGGUUUCCACAUGUCAUGGUGUAGUUGUAAGAUCUGCUUACUCAUGCGUCAUAUAUUACCAUACCAUGUUUUUUAAUAGCUUCUUUCCAAAAAUGAAUUCAUGCAUUGUUUAAUAAAAAAAAAUAUACCUUACCGUGCAGAUUACCCCCUAAAUUUUGAGAGAAUUCAUUUAUGGUUGUAUGGGGGGGGGGGAUUCCAAGUUCUUUUUCUUAAAAUAUUUGAAACCCACAUAAUGUUGAAAGUUAAUAAAUAAUAAGAUAAAUUCUAUAAUCAAUUUUAGCUAAGGAAAAGUGACAAGUACAAACUAUAAAUUUGUAAAUGUUCUAUAAUUCAGGAUACAAUGUCACCAUCCUUUGUUCAGACUAAACAAUUCGUACAUUUAGCAGUUUGCAAAAGGGAGCCAUUACAAGAGUGUGUCCCUGAACAAAACAAUCAUUACCUUUUUAUUAUUUAAGGACCCCAAACUAAAACGAAAACAGUCCUCCUGAGAAGAAAAAUUUACCUAUUCAUAUUGGAACUGCCAAGUGGGUUUCAAAGGUGUAUUAAUGCCCUCUUAUACCGUCGUAUUACUGCAGGAAUAAAGAACCGAAAUGCGAUAUUUGCCUUAGCUGGGUGUACUUCGCUCGGGGUUUAUUCUUUAUAUGCCUACAGUAAAUACGAAACGCACGCAUAUAAAAAAAGAAACUGGUCUCGGUUUUUGUCCAGGUAGAUGUGUGUUCCGUCAGAUCUUGCCUUUAGGCUCUGUUACAAAGAUGGCUGCUUGCAUAGAUCUUUGUUGAUUAGAGAUUUUAACCCUCUAAAAAUGGGCUUUGCUCGCUGGGACCCUUUAGCUUAGUAUUUGAUAGUUUUUCUCUUGUUUACUAGUGUAACAUUUUUGGUACAUGUAUGCGAGCUUGAAACCAUUAAAAGUCGAAAGGAAAGCAACGAGACAAAGUUUGAUACUAUCUAUAAAUGAAUUUCUCGAUGUUGUUUUUGAAGAUUGUCCCAUCUGAUAGAGAAUUUCGGUGACAAAUAAUCAACCUAUCCUUCAUCAGGUGCCUCUGAUAUAUCAAUCAUACAGCCUAUUGUCGUCAUAACCUUAAUUAUUAUAACGUUUACGGCAGGGAAGAUUUGUCAUGCAAAUCCACGCCCCGUUUUCUUCCUAGCCCUACACCUGGUGUCGGGUUUCAGCCAUAAUAUGGAUCAGGUAGCUAUAUUCAGGUGAUCACAAACACAAAACCUUAACACAUGAUCCCCAAUGCCUUCUUAAACGAAAAAUAAGCAUCCACAUACCACAUAAAAUGGCCCUAGUUCUUAAAUCUAUGUCGCCUGUUUGCGAAACACCACGUCGGUGACGAAGCCAUUUAAUGGCGGGAAAGACGAGGCCGACCAAUCAACUCUCAGUGGAAUUUACCAGGAUCGGACACAGGUGUAUCCCAAAAGUUGUUGAAUAAGGAAAAACCACUCCGUUGUUGGAAAAACACAAACCGUUCACCGUGGAGGUCUUACAGUGUCACACGGAGAGUAUGGAGGCGACCCCAGAGCGGGACCAGACCCCCGAGGAUCAGGAUGAGACGGUUGCUCAGCCGACCAUCAUCACCCUGAUCCCCGUCGCACAAGAGGAGAUCCCAACCAUGCCUGAAAUGUCCCAACCCAAUGAAACCAACAACAACACGAUCGUAACGAACGCAGUCGUUAUAAAUACCGAUGGUUCUGCCAAAGUUGUUGGAAAAGAGGAAUUUGGACAGUUCAACGGAAAUGGUCACGGCGGUGUGAAUCAACUAGGAGGGGUGUUUGUGAAUGGGAGACCCCUACCCGAUGUGGUCCGACAGAGGAUCGUGGAACUUGCACACCAAGGCGUCAGGCCUUGUGAUAUUUCCCGCCAACUCCGGGUCUCCCACGGGUGUGUCAGCAAAAUACUCGGAAGAUACUAUGAGACUGGCUCGAUUAAGCCAGGAGUUAUUGGUGGAUCCAAGCCCAAAGUGGCCACCCCUAAAGUGGUGGAUGCCAUCACAAGAUACAAGCACGAGAACCCCACCAUGUUUGCUUGGGAGAUCCGAGACCGGCUGCUGGCCGAAGGGGUGUGUACCGCCGAAAACGUCCCCAGUGUCAGUUCAAUCAACAGAAUCGUAAGAAACAAAGCUGCAGAGAAUGCAAAACAAUCUCCUGGACACACCAGUCCCUCCGUGGAUACCGGAAGUCCCCCGUUGUCCCAUCAACCCUCGCCCAACAGCGAGAUUCAGCGAGCUCCCUACACAAUCACCGGAAUUCUGGGAAUUCCUCAAAGCCAGACCGCUCAAACAAUGGUGGACCCCAACGGGAACAAGAGGAAGAGGGAGGACCAAGUCCCAAAUGGUCACGAAGCUGAAGUAAAAAUAGAACCAAAUACAGGAGAUAUGAAUAUAUGGUACCAAGCCCAACCUAGACCAACGAAACAAGCCAGGCCCGAAAACGGAACAACGGACGCUCAAGGCAUGCCCCAUACUCUGAUAAUAAACAAUGCACCAAUGUACCCCGCGGGAGUACCAACUAAUCUUCCUCCAAACUAUAAUGCUCAUUUUGUUACCACAACGACUACCAUUUCCGGGGAUGUUAUAAAACCCCAAGUCGGAGUUGAGUACACCAUCGCAUCCCCGGCCAUCGGCACAGUGGCCAAUUCCGAAUCUCAAAGCACAACCAGUAAUUUCGUGACGUCUUUAGGUCACCAACUUGGAACAGAAAUAAGUGUUAAUGCGCAGACUCAGGAUAUGAAACCAAUAGUGGUUGCCGUGGUAACGGAAUCCCAGCCACCCGCGCAACAAGAACAAUUUCAAGAAGCAACCAACAACACACCAACUUCAUCAUCAACACCAACCAUCAACAAUAAUAACAACACCCCUCCCCCCAAGGCGGGCUCCCCCGGCUCAGGGGGUGGGGCUAACAACCUGACGGAGCUUAAGCCCGUUCAACCCACUAUGUCCCAGUCCUAUACACCGUUGCCGUCGUUUUCGGGACAGUUUUCAAGUCAAGCUAGCAGUUAUAACGGCUCACACGCUACGUUCCCCAGUCAAGCAGUUGUUGGCACUGUCGUUCAACCACUAGUAAUCUCCAGCGGAUCUUAUAACCCAACAAAUCCACCCAAUGACUCACCUGUUAUUUACUCGCCUGUUGUAGGUGGGGAGUACUAUAACACCGCCGGCACUGUCCCCUACACGCAGUAUCAGACAGCUGCCUACCCCGCAGACCCCGCCUGGACCAUGAGAUACACCAACCCCACAGGUAUUCUAAAUACGCCAUACUAUUACCAAACGCCAGUCUCAGGAAGGAACGAGCCGAACACAACCGUGGCCGCAUCAGCAAGUCCUUCAAAAUCAUAACAGUGUGCGCAUGCGCAGAUCGUAUGACCAAUACGUCAGCAACUUGAUGAUAUUACCAUAUACACGUUGUGCUCGAAAAAUUAAAAACCUUAAUAUGAGAAUGGAAUUUUGUAAGUCGUGGCAUUAUGGAAACUGGACGGUCAAGAAGAUGUGUUAUAUAGAAAUAGAUGCUUUGCAUCCUUAACAAAAAAGUUUUCUAUUUGAUGAGACGAUUUGAAGACUUCAGGAAGAUUGUUUUUAAUGAAAAUACUGUAUAUGUGAAACACACAGUGACAUCGACUUUACUGUGUUUGGAAUCAGAUUUACAAUUGUCUUACUAUUUGAGGGGAGGAAGGUUACAUGUAUAGUGAGAAGACGAGUGAUUGGAUACUGUGUGUGUGGUCAGACCGUGUGUGAAUGCAAACGUAUCAACUGUAGAUAUAUCCAUAUGUAUAUCUUACUUUUCAUAUAUUAUAGCCUUUGUUUUGUAUACUUUUAAAGAAACCUCUCUGUACGGUAACACGUGUUCGGGAGCCCUCUUAUAGUUAUCUUAUCAUUGUCAUAAACCAUCACAAUUCAAGAUUUUUAAAAAAAUAAUUGUGAGAAAUUCCAAACCUUUAAAAAUUGGCACAAAAAAGGCUUGGGAUCUCUCCUCUGCUUGUACGAACCUAGAUCAUUGUGAACAUUUCGAAUUAUAUCUCAAUAUUUCAUCAAUCAUGUUCUUCACUUUAAUUUUGUGCAAUAUUUUCAUUUUUUUUCCUUUUGUUUUAAUUGCAAAAAAGUUGAUAGCCAUUCAAAACAAAACUUUUAAUACACACCUCAUUUCAGUAUUACAGUACUCCAUAAAAUUAUGCACGCUCAGCAAAAAUGCUUAACCUUGGGAAUCAAAUAUGAUUUGCUCAAUGAAUAAACAUAAACUCUUGGGGGGAAACUAUAUUCAAUACUAAUAAUUCUAUGACAUGUUUUAAUAAUUUAUGAUUAUGAAUCUUGCACGUGAGUUCUUCACGUGAUCAUUACAACAAUCGCUUUUACUUUCAUCGGUUUAAGAUCUGCCAUGAUCGGUCUACAACACACAGAGAUGGGUGAGAAUAAUGUUUAACCAAAGAAAAAAAAACUAAUAUACGGACAGUGUUACUGAUGACUGAAUCACUUGAAAUCCCGAUUCCCUGUGAACGGAUAAGGGAAGACUCGAUUUGAGCGAGUGCUAGAAAAACAUUGUAUGCUAUUUUUCUUUUUUAAAAAUUUGUAUAUACUUAUUUCUUCAGGGUAGAUCCCAUUUUUUAGAUCAUUCCCUGUGAUAUUAUAUUGAUGUACCAUGACAAUAUUUUUUUCUCUUAUCGUGAUGAACAGGGAUCAUUUAUUAUUGAAUCCUGUUCCUUGAUAGAGUACAGAAUAAAAUGAAAGAAUCUCUUCUUUAUAAAAAAUGUAAUACUAUUUCAAAACUCAUCAAUCUUAGGUAUAGAUAUUUACAAUAUCAUGAAAUGUUUGAGUUUGCAAAAUAAAAUUUUGUUAUACCUGA